AUGGAAAAGCUCCAAUCCAAACCUGUAUCCAGCCAGGAAAAAUCCAGAUUAGCAAAGGGGAAAAAGCGAUCUGCUACUGAAGCCUUUGCCCCCAAGUCCACGACGGUUCAGGAUGCGCUUCAAGCACACCGCAAGAAUCCGUCACUUGGAAAAACCGUCACUUUCACACAUGGGUCCGAGAGCAGCCCCUUGGACAACGUGGCAACGGCCAAGACAGCAUCAUACAAGUCUACCAAGGGAUCAAAUUUAAGGGAACGUGCUCACGCAUUACUUUCCGUCCGACAGAAACUACCGAUAUACGAGCACGCAGAUGCAAUUAGACAGGCAUUGCGGGACAAUGACGUACUACUCUUGGUCGGGGAGACGGGUUCCGGAAAGUCAACGCAGAUCCCACAGUUCUUGGUCAACGAGCGAUGGUGCAAGAGGACGACCAUCAAAGGUGGCGCAAAGGUGGGAGGAUGUAUCGCCAUCACACAACCUCGAAGGGUUGCCGCCAUUUCACUGGCUCGACGUGUCGCCGAAGAGAUGGGCACGCCUCUGGGAAACUCCAGCCCCGCUUCGCAGGUUGGGUACUCGGUCAGGUUCGAGAACAGCACGAGUCCGGGGAUGAAAAUCAAGUUUCUGACGGAGGGCAUGCUUUUGCAAGAGAUGCUACGAGACCCUUGGCUGAGAGAAUACUCCGCCAUCGUGGUUGACGAAGUACAUGAGCGAGGUGUGAAUGUCGAUCUGGUGUUGGGGUUUUUGAGGAGGCUCCAAGAGCAGAGGAGUGCAGAUGACGGAAGAGGAGGCGUCGGUAUGAAGGUCGUCGUCAUGAGUGCUACAGCGGACAUGGAGAAGAUUCAGAGGUUUUUCGUUGUUGACUCACCGGAUGAUACUCGGCUCCAGAUGGACGACGACAAAGAAACUGACAAGCGCAAAGAACCUCCUGUUUCUAUCAAAAGCCAGUCCAAAGCGACCACGCUCUUCAUCAAGGGUCGUCAAUACCCCGUCACCGUCAAUUACGCACCCACCCCUGUCCCCGACAUAAUCGACGCCGCCUUCGAACGCAUCAAGCAUAUCCACACCCACUCUCCUCUCCCAGGAGACAUUUUGGUUUUUCUCACCGGCCAAGAAACGGUCGAAUCCCUCAUGAGCCUCGUGACCGCAUGGUCCGCGUCCAUCCUGAAAGACGCGACCCUCAACAAAACACUUCCCAAACUUCUCAUCCUCCCACUCUACGCCGCGCUCCCGUCCCCGGCCCAACAGCGGGUCUUCCAACCCACGCCCAAAUUCACGCGCAAGAUCAUCCUGGCGACCAACAUCGCCGAAACCUCCAUCACGGUCCCGGGGAUCCGACACGUCGUCGACACGGGCAAAGCCAAGCAACGACUCUUUCGACCUUCCCUCAACCUCGACACCCUCUUGACCGUGCCCAUCUCACGCAGUUCCGCCAACCAACGCUCCGGCCGGGCGGGCCGUGACGCGCCCGGCACGGCGUACAGACUCUACACGCGGUCCGAUUUCACCUCCCUCGCCCAAGACACCGAACCGGAGAUUUUGCGGUGCGACCUGUCCCAACUCGUCUUGACCCUCAAGGCCCACGGGAUCGACGACCUCUCCUCGUUUCCGUUCCUGACGACGCCACCUCGUCGUGCUCUCGAACGCGCCCUGGUCCACUUGCUUCAACUGUCCGCCUUGGACCCCAAAUCCGGACAAAUCACCGCGCUAGGUCGGGAGAUGAGCGUCCUCCCUCUACCCGCCAGCCUCGCCAGGGUGCUCCUCGCCAGCGCAGACCCAAACCACGCGUGCACGACCGAGAUCAUAGACAUCGUGUCCGCAUUGAGUGUGGAAAACGUCUUUCUCAACGUCCACCGUGGUGGUGAUUCUGGUCAGGAUUCUGUUGGGAAGAUGCCGUCUGAUCCAUUGAAGCCUGAAGCCAUGGUCAAGUCGAGCAACUCUCGCCCUGGGGGACGUACCGACACCACUACCGCCAGCACUGGCAACAAUCAUGGUGGUGGUGACGGUGAUGACGACGACGACGACGACGAUGAUGAUGAUGAUGAUGACAACUCGACAUCCCGAUCAAACAUCAUCUCUCAAAACCGCAACUCCCUCUACCGACGUGAAGGGGAUCACCUCACCCUCUUGACCACCGUUCGAGCCUACUCGGCCGAACAAACGGACCGUCGCCGCUGGUGUCAAGACCGGGGGAUUUCUCACCGUGCCAUGUCCGGAGCGAUGGACGUUAGGAAACAACUUGCGAAUAUAAUGGAGCGUCGUAAGAAAGCUUCGUCUUCCACUUCUACCACCAGUAACGGCACCAGCAGCGACGCCGUACACGACCCGACCACCCUCUCUACCAGAAUCCUCAAAACCCUCUUGACCGGAUUCCACACCAACGUCGCACGUCUGUCGAGUGACGGAUCUUACCGUACGUUGGUCACGAAUCAACCAGUGUCGAUCCAUCCGAGCAGUGUCCUUUUUUCUGUCGGCGGACCACCCACUUCCUCCGUGGACGAUGACGACGGCGGCAACAACACGAAAUCGACCAGAAAUACAGGUGUCGCGAGUACGGGCGGAGGAAGUCGUCGUAAAUUCCAAGGUAUAAUGUACAAUGAGUUCGUCUACACGGGUACAAAGGCCUACGCCAGGGGUGUGUCGGCGAUAGAGAUGAGAUGGGUCGAGGAGGUUUUGAAGUCUACACAGUAG